AAGAUUUGCUUCUUCCUUUCUGACCAAGCCAGGUGACAGUUUGGGACUGAACCUUCCUUGCUUCCAACCAUGGCUACGAGCUAUUACCAGAGCUCAUCUGCUUCCUAUGGGGGCGGUUUGGGUGGUGGCAGCUGCGGCUCCAACCGCAUGUCCUCAGUUCGAGUGGGAUCACCCAGCCUUGGGGGAGGUGGUGGACGCAUCUCUGCCUCUUCUGCUAGGUUUGUAUCUUCUGGGGCAGGAGGAGGCUAUGGAUACAGUGGCUUUGGAGGAGGUUCCUUUGGCAAUGCUCUAGUUUCUAGUGGAGGUGGUGGCUAUGGUGGUUGUUUUGGUGGAGGCUUUAGUGGUGGCUAUGGUGGUGGUAGUGGCUAUGGUGGUGGCUUUGACUUUGUAGCCAGCGGUGGAGAUGGGGGACUUCUUACUGGAAAUGAGAAGGUCACCAUGCAGAAUCUCAAUGACCGCUUGGCUAACUACCUGGACAAGGUGAGGGCUCUGGAAGAAGCCAACACUGAACUGGAGGUCAAGAUCCGAGACUGGCAUAAUAAACAUGCCCCUACCAGCCCAACCAAGGACUACAGCAACUACUACAAGAUUAUUGAGGACCUUCGUGACAAGAUCCUUCAAGCCACAAUUGACAAUUCAAGGGUUGUCUUGGAGAUUGACAACGCCAGGCUGGCUGCAGAUGACUUCAGACUGAAGUAUGAGAACGAAUUGCACCUCCGCCAGAGUGUUGAGGCAGACAUCAAUGGUUUGCGCAGAGUCUUGGAUGAGCUGACUCUGAACAAAUCUGAUCUGGAGAUGCAGAUCGAAGGGCUGAAGGAAGACCUGGCCUACCUCAACAAGAACCACGAGGAGUUACUGAAAGAAUACAGCACUCAGCUGACUGGAAAUGUCAGUGUUGAGAUGGAUGCCGCGCCUGGAGUCGACCUCACCAAAGUUUUGGCAGACAUGAGAGAACAAUAUGAACAACUGGCUGAAAAGAAUCGCAGAGACUGUGAGGCCUGGUUCUUUGCCAAGACCGAAGAACUAAACCGUGAAGUCGCCCACAGCACAGAACAGAUACAGACAAGCAAGAGUGAGAUUUCAGACCUGAGGCGUACAAUACAGAGUUUGGAAAUUGAGUUACAAUCACAGCUUAGCAUGAAAGCUGGGUUGGAAACCAACUUGGCGGAGACAGAAGGCCGGUAUUGUGCUCAGCUGGCUCAAAUACAGAACUUGAUCUCCAGUGUGGAGGAGCAGCUGGCAGAACUGCGGUGUGACAUGGAGCGCCAGAACCAUGAGUACAAGAUGCUCAUGGAUAUCAAGACCCGCCUGGAGCAAGAGAUUGCCACCUAUCGCAACCUGUUGGAAGGCCAAGAUUCCAAAAUCCCUGGAUGGUCUCCCAAAGAUGCGUCUCAUGGUGGAGGUAGUAAUGUCAGCUACAGUAGCUCUACUAGCUAUUCCAGUGGUGGCGGUGGCGGCAGCGGCAGCGGCGGCAUCACUUCCAGCGGCAAAUCACGUACCGGCAGUGAAGAUAGGAGAUACUGAAUCUCCCCAGCAUCAAAGCUGGUUCUGAACGUUGCAUCCAUCCACCUCUUGGGAAACAAGCAUUUUCAGCAUGCGCACGAAUUGCUAAAAGAAACACCCCUUCUGUUGCCCGAGAGUGCCUUGGCUUGGUCACUUUCUUAAUGGCACUUUCUCACUAGCUUCGUCUAGCUCAUCAAAGCAGAUGCACUGCUGUGUAAUGCUUUUGAUAAUUAAAGUUUCUUCUCAGGCUUUUUUGCAGAUAAA